CCGCCUACUCUAACGUGCCAUAAAUUGACACGCGCGAGUACAUUUUCUCUUCGUGUUGGUGCGCUCCAAGAAAUAGUCACUUGACAACAAGUUCGCUAAAAGAUUUGAAGACAUCAUGUUUCGCUUUGUCCUUUUGUCUAUCGUCGUGAUUUCCACGGUGCAUGGCCAAUUUCCUUCUCUGAUGUUUGACUGUCUAAAUCGAGACGACCAAAAGUGUCCUACUCCGGCUAGCUGCGAUGCAACUAAAAAAAAAUGCAAUGAAGGAACAUGUCCGAACGGGAAGUUUGGAUACGCUUGUCAUCUAGAUUUUGAUGUUGCUUAUCGUCCGAUCUGCUUAGUCGGGUGUCAGAAUGGAGGAUCGUGUCUGCAGGAUUCCAGCUGUGGAUGUACUCCUGACUACACCGGUACCCUGUGUGAGACACCCCGAAUUGCUCUUACUUGUGGAGGACCCAGCCCACCAGUUGCUACUAGCACCAUAGGCAUUAAUGUCAGUGGCAUCAUUGGGUUUGAUAAGGCUAACGGUCAGGUGAUCGUGGAAGGUGCUGCCAAAAUUUAUGACAUCGAUGACACAGCAUGUUUCGGGAAGGCUGGAGAAGCCACACUAACAGUAACCAAUGAUUAUGAUGACUCAGUGAAGUCACGAGCCUGUAACAAGGCUACUUUGGAUGAAGGCACAGGUAUCUACACCCGAAAGUUCAUUAUUCGGUUUGAAGCAGGCACGACGUCACCUAACACUGAUUUCAGAGUAACAGCCGCAUGCGGCCCAGCUGGUUCCACCGUCACUGUCACUAGUACCACCAUACAUCAUGAUUUUCUUACUACAGCUCUUCAGAAUAUCGACAAGAGCAACACUGUUGCGGGGGCAGCCGUGACUGCGAAGUUAGAAGUGGGCGGUGGCUUACUCGACACUACUUUAAAUUAUGGUCUAGCAACGACCAUCGAUGUAACUCUCACACUGGACAAUUCUGGAGUAUUUAAAACCAUCCGGUUAGAGAAAUUUACGAUUGAAAAUGGGGGUACGUCUCUCAAAUCCAUGGUCUUGGUGGACAAUGGCUGCCCAACUGCUUUAGAGAAAGUUGUUGUGAAGACGUCCGCUGCCAGAGAAGUUGACAACAUCGUAACGCUGCAGACGGUGCCGGUUAUAAUGGACGGUACUGCGGAAAACAUCUACAAGUUUGUUGUCAGGGCCUGUACCGGCAGCCAGGCACACGCAUGCCCAGAGAUAACUGACUGUACAGCAGGUGGUGGUACGAGACAAAAGAGGGCAGAAGACAAUGAUCUUGCCACACUCGGGGUCGGGUUCAAUGUCAGAGAUGACAUGCAGCGAAAUAUGAAGAACUUGAGGGAUGAAAUGAGGAACCAGAAAGAAUGCACUCUUACCACCGAGAUAACUGCCAGUCUCGUUGCCAUGGCGGUCGCCAUCUUGCUUCUGCUGGUACUGGUCAUUGUACUGAGUGUCCGAGCUAUUCUAGCGCAUCGUCGUGACGUCACCGUGUACCAACACCACCAGAUGGAUUCGUCAUCAACCACAAGUCUUCCUAGGAAGGUGAAUGCCAACUUCUGAACUUCGAAAAUUCAAAAUGGCUGACCAGUCUGAUCACAUCUGAUUGAUACUGACGCAGCUUCCUGUGUAUGGCGGUUAAUUUACUUACACAAAUUGUAGAUGGUUGUUUACUUAAAGCAUAAUUUUACAUUAUUUUCAAUUAUUAAAUUAGAAUUUGUUUAUCAAUUGACGUGGAUGUCAUUUGUGAAUAACUGCUUUCUUUCAUAAGAACAUUGAAAGCUUGUUUUUUUUAAUGUUUCAGACAUGUGGUCUUUUGGGAGAAGGUGUUUGUUCUGGGGGAGGUUGGGUGGUGGUAAAUAAGGUCUUACUGAAGGGGAUGUGGUCACUAUGGUGGUCAGUGUCUAUGGCAAACUGAAAUGGACUUUGAUUCUGCAAAUGUUAGUAGCUUAUAUAUAUACGACUAUAUCUAGUUUUAUCGCACCCAUACCAUUUCCUAAGAUUGUUUUAGUGCUGAAUUCCUCAUGCGUAUUAAAUAUAAACGUUUAUAGUUCUAGACGUGAGGUGCUACGUUUUUGCAUGUAACUUCAAAUGCAAACAUUAAAAAACUAAAUACACAAUUCAUGAUUUUAAAAAUAAAAUGAUAUUGUUGCAUAACUCGUUAUAUUACAUUUUGUUUGUCUUUUAUAAAUUUUCAGAAUUGUUUUUCCAAUUUGCUUAGGUUCUGCAAAACACUUAUAUCAAAUAUUGGUCAUUGGUGAUAGGGAAAAUAAUUGGUAUUUUCAAUAUGGAAGGGAUAUUUUUUCCCAAGUAAUCACUAUUAUGAUUUUAUUAUUAUUAUUAUUAUUAUUAUUAUUAUUUUGCUUAUAGAUUAUAGGGUUUAAAAAAUUGCAUCUACAUUACCGGUAAAUGUUCAUACUUUGUAUAUAGUUAAGGAAAAUUGUAUAAAUAUUGGUCAAAGACAUUCCAGUAAUUGUUAUCCUAGACAAGAAAUAACAUGCGAUUGAUGUUUAAUGCAAAAACUUUCAAGAUCUCAAACAUAAGGAAAUUACUGAAAGAGAAUUCUAUCUCCUAUUGAGUGGAGUAGGUAUGUUUAAAACAUCACACAAUAAUUAAUAUAUAUACCAUUGAGGCUUCUGUCCAGUAGUGUGAAUACAACUUUACUUUUGAAAACACCAUUACAGAAGAGAAUAAAAUAUUUUGGUUAAUGAGAGAAAACUUCCUAAUAAUAUUACCGUCAUAUAAUGAUAUUGUUUUCAAAAUAUACAAUUUUCUAUUGGGUCUUUUAUAUCGGUAUCAUUUUCUUUAUAUGAACAUGCUUAUUAUAUAUUUUUAUAUACCUAUAAUAAA